AUGGUACUUGCAAAUCUAGUUGUCUAUCUACUUGAUAAAUACUUGAGUGAUUAUAUCGAAAAUUUAGAUACAAAAAAACUUAAAAUUGAUUUAUGGAAUGGAAAUGUUGUUCUUGAAAAUCUAUACCUAAAAUCCAACGCACUGGCGGAUUUAAAUCUUCCUGUCACUAUAUCAAUUGGAUAUUUACAAAAAUUAACACUUCAAAUUCCGUGGACAAAUUUAUAUACACAUUCAACAAAAGUAACAAUCGAUGGACUUUUUGUACUAGUUAUACCAAAAACUGAAGUCGAAUAUGAUGCCCAAAGAGAUGCAAAAGAAAAACAUGAAGCUAAAAUGAAAGAAGUUCGAAAAGUUGAAAAACUUCGAAAAGAAAAAGAAGCUGAAAAAAAUGCCAAAGGAAAUGAUAAAAAUAACGAUACUUUACUUGAACGUAUGCAACUUCAAAUUAUUCGAAAUUUAGAAUUAUCAAUUCGAAAUAUUCAUAUUGUUUAUGAAGAUAAAUCAACUAAACCAAAUCAUCCAUUUUCAUUUGGAAUAACUCUUAAUUAUAUAUCACUUCAUACAACAACACCAGACUGGAAAUCGGCUGUACUCAAAGAAGAUACACCAUUGAUUCAUAAACUUGGUGAAUUAAGUGCUUUAUCAAUUUAUUGGAAUACAAAUGCUAAAUCUCGAACAGAUUUAGCAAGAGAUGAUGCCAUCAAUAGUUUAAAAGAAAAAAUAGCUAUUGAUAAUCAACACGCACCAUCUGACAUCUCAUACAUUCUUCGUCCACUUAAUGUGAAAGCACGAAUUGUAUUAGCAAUGAAACCACGUGAAGAAGAUUUUAAACGACCUAUGUUUGAUAUUAAAGUUGAUUUAGAUGAAAUCAGUCUCAAUAUGAAUCGUGAUCAAUAUUCGGAUUUACUUGAUCUUCUUGAAUUUCUCGGUUAUCUUAGUGUUCAAUCUAAAUAUAUAAAAUAUCAUGUGAAAAAAGAAUUAGUAGAAAAGAAAACAUUAAGAAAUUGGAAAUUUGCUUAUGAAGCAAUUGUUAAUGAAGAAAUUCGACCAAAAUUUGAUUGUUAUAAAUGGGAAAAUAUAAAAGCACAUUUAAAGCGUUGCAGAGAAUAUCGUACAUUACAUUAUCAAAAACUAAUAGGGAAACUAACCCAGGAACAAAAAACUCGUGCAGAAGAAUUAGAAAAAAAACUUGAUGUUUUUAAUUUAACAUAUAUUCGUCGAAGUGCAGAAAUUGAAGCUCGAAAAAAGGAAGAACAAGAACCUAAAACUUGGCGGAGAAAUGCAUCAAAAUGGUGGAACAGAAAUCAACCAAAAGAUCAUCCAGAACUUAAUUUAGAAAAAGAUAUGUCACUAGAAGAGAAGAAAAAAUUAUAUGACGCUAUUGGUUAUGAGGGAGAAGAUACUUCAACGUCAACUUAUCCAGAAGAAUAUGUUGAUAUUGAUUUUGCAAUUCGAUUAAAUAUGCUUGAUGUUAAUAUUUGGUCUAAAAUUAACGAACACGAUACCCAAUUUCGAGUUAUUGCUCGUGGUGUUAUACCUGAUACUAGUUUAAUAUUCAAACGACGACCAGCUACCGAUGCUCUUGCUAUACAUGUUGAUUUGGGUUCAUUUCAAGUAUUUGGUAUUGCAACAAAUUCCAGUCAAUCCGAAUUAUUAAACGAUAGUCGACCUGUACUUGUACGUCCAUCAGCAUUAUCAUCAACUAAUCAGCAAAAAUUCUUACAAGUAGAAUUUGAAACAAAUCCAUUAGAUAAAAAAUCGGAUUAUCGUGUUAAAGUUGUUUCACAAUCAUUAGAAAUAAAAUAUAAUGCUCCAACAAUUAAUAAAUUAGCAGAAUGUUUUGAAUCUAAUGCUUAUCGAAAUUUACAAGGUGUUAAACAAGUCGCAUAUUCAACUUAUACAGAUGUUAAACAUCGUUCAUUUAUAUUAAUGAAACAUAAUAUCGAAAAAAUUAAAGUUUUAGAUAUUUAUAUUGAUAUUCAAUCAUCUUAUUUUCUUUUACCAGUAAAUGGAGUUUACCAAGAUAAUGCUGCAACAAUAUGUAUGGAUUUAGGUCAUUUGACAUUAAAACGAGGAACAAAAUCAAAUGAUAGUGGAGAAGAAUUCGUUCCAGCUAAAGAAACAAAAGAUAUUAAAGACGCCCGAGAAAAAUCAUAUACACAAUUUAAAUUGAAACUUGAAGAUAUUCAAUUAAUUUAUGCAAAUCAAAAUGAAAGUUGGGAAAAUGCUCGUAAAGAAAAAAAUACACGUAUACAUUUAAUUCAACCAAUGGAACUUGAAUUAGAUGUUGAUAAAUGUAUUUAUAAUGAUGAUGCUGUAUUACCUGCUUGGAAAGUUGCUGGAAAUAUUCCUAGUGUAGAUUUACGUUUAUCAGAUACACGCUUAUUUCGAAUAAUGCAGCAUAUUCAAUCAAUUCCAUUUCCGAAAUCGAAAACUAGCGCAAUUGUCCAAGCACCAGUCGAUGCCGAAUCAGUGCCUGCACAAUCGUUAGUUAUUAAUACGGAAGAAACAUUAGAGGCAGUUGAAGGAAUAACAUCCGCAAAAAAAACUAAAGAAAAAAAGAAAAAGGAAUUUAAAGGACAAUUAACACAAUUAGAAGCUAUGUUUACACUUGAUAAAAUUGAUUUGCAUAUUGAUAAAGCUGCAAAUGAAAUUCUUGAUAAGGAUAAUGAUGAACCAUUUCUUUGUUUAACACUUGAAUCUAUAAAUGCUAAUACAAAAAUAAAAACAUUUGAUAUGGAACUUAAUGCAUCAUUAGCUAAUUUCAUUGUUUAUCAUCAACAAUUUAUUGGUAAAGAUAAUCAACCAUUACGUUUAUUAUCAGCUCAACUAGAUAAACAAAAUACAACGGAAAAACAAAAAUUGGUCAGUUUAAAAUUUCUACAUACUUCACAAAAAAAUCCGUUAUUUUCAUCUUCAACUUAUAAUGAAAUUGAGAAUAGAGCGGAUGUUCAUUUUAGUAAACUUGUUGUCACAUUACAAUUAGAAGUACUUUUAUCCAUAUUCAAAUUUCAAGAUUCAUUAAUGAAAAAAUUACCAAAACAUUCAACAGACUAUCAAACAAAAGAGCCACCAAAAGAAGAAGUAAAAGCUAUUGAAAAUAAUGAAAAAACAGAAAAGCCUGUUAAGAAAAAUGAUACUCCGGCAACAACUUCAUUUAAAAUAAAUGCUGAUCUAGAAGAAUUUCGAAUAAUUCUUGCAUCAAAACAAGCACGAUUAUUUGACAUUCAAGUUCAAGGUAUCAAAGCUAAUGUAUCAAAAUCAUCAGAAAAGACAUUAGUUAAUUUAAUUCUAUCAGAUCUAUGCGUUUUUGAUCCGUAUGAAGGAGCACGAUAUCGAAAAAUUGUUUCUCAACAAGGCGAUGAUAAAGAUUUACUUCGUAUUGAUUUAUCCUUAUUUAAUUAUCCAGUGGAAUAUAAAAAACCUCUUGAUAUUUAUGACUGUGAUGUAAAAGUUGAAUUUGCUAAAGCCAAUAUUGUCUUUCUGUUCAAACAUAUCGAUGUACUUUUAGGUUUUCUUCAAACACUAAAUAUAACAAAAUCAGCACUUGAUUUAGCAUCAACACAAGCAGAUGCUGCCUAUGAACAAGUACUAAAAUUACAAGAACAAGCAUUUAAAGUUCAUUUCGAUAUAACAUUUAAUGCUCCAAAUAUAAUUAUCCCAACAAAUUCAUAUUCUGAUGAAGCUUUAUUAUUUGAUUUGGGUAGAUUAACAUUAUUAACACGUUUUUAUGAUGAUCCAGAACGUUCACUUGUUGAACAACAAAAUGUUCGAUUAGAAAAUGUUCUUGCUAGUCGUGUUAAACUUAAUCAUGAUAAUAAUAUUCUUGGUGAAAUUAUUUUACUUGAAUGUGCGGAAUUAAAAAUAUUAAUUAAUCGUUUACUUUUUCCUGAAAAAAUUAAAACUGAACCAGGAGUUUCAAUUAAAGUUGAAUGGGACUUAGUUCAUUUUCGAUUAGCUAAAGGUGAUUAUUCAUGCGUUAUGAAAGUCUUAAUGGAAAAUUUUACAGAAAAUAUUCGUGAUCAAAUACCUGAAACUGCACAACUUGAACAAUAUCAUUAUAGACAAGAAGAACAAGAAAAAGAAGAAGAAGCUUUAAGAAAUGCUGUAAUUAAAAGACAACAAGACGCUCAUGGUGGUGAAGUUUUACAAACAGUUAAAAUCCGAGCAGAAAUUAAGAAACUAGCAUCGACACUUUACUUGGGAGAAUCAAAUUUGACUGUUCGUCGGGCACCACGUGAUGAAUCUUAUAAAUUAGCUAAUGUUCAAAUAGAAUUAUUAGAAGCAUUAUUUCGUCAACAAACUGAUUCAAGUUAUAAAGCAAUGGUACGUGUUAAAAAUUUUCUAGUUGAUGAUUUACGUGAAACAAAUAAAGCAACAAGUGUAACACGUAUGAUGGAUAGACAUUUUACAGUUGAUCCAAAUGCUCAAAUGGUUAUUGCAUCAUUUGAAUUUAAACCAAAAUCUCCAACAAACUCAAUGGCACUUCGACAAUUCAGUGCUCAACUUGAAAGUCUUUAUAUAUGUAUCAGUUUGGAUUAUUUAAUGGCAUUACAAGAUUUUUUUAUAUCUGGUUUACCAACUGGUAAUACUGAAAUAAGAUCUCAUACAUCCGCCAUGACAUCUGAAAAAGAAAUUUCAACUAAAACUGAUAAUGAUAAUAAUCGAUUGAAAGUAGAUCCAAGACCAAGUCGACCUUCAAUUACAGCACAAAAACUUCCAACACCAUCAUCAAAACUUUCUACACGUCAACCACCAAUUCCAUCCAAUUCUGAUCCAGAGAUAGAAACACGAAUUGAUGUGAUUGUAAAAAAUCCCGAAAUUAUUUUACUUGAAGAUCAACAUAAUUCAAAUUCGAAUUGUCUCGUCCUUGACUUAGCUUUACAAAUGCGUAUGAUUAUUGUUGGUGAAGAUUCAAAAAUAUAUAUUUGGUUAAAAGAUUUAACAGUUUACAGUUCAAAUUUUGCAGAAUUAAGAGAUUCAAAAAAUACUGGUUCAAAAAUAAAAUAUCGCAUUUUACAACCGGCUAAAGCUGAUGUUAUUGUAAUUAUGAAUAACCAACAACAAAAAAUUAAUGUACGAAUAUCAGAUAUUAUUGUUAGUAUUGCACCAGCAGCAGUUAAAACAUUAAUUGGUGUUACAAGUUCAUUAGGAACACUUCAAGCAAAUGUUGUAGAAGAAAAAGAAAAAGUUAAUUCAAAAUCAUUAUUUACUCCAAAAACAUUUAAAGAUUCAGGUCUUUGGUAUAUAAAAGAAUAUGAAGAAAAACAAGCUAAACUUGAAUCAACUGAUAUAUUAAAAACUGUUAAAGAAGAAGAAGAUAAAAUGAUAGAAAAAGAAGAAAAAAUUGAAGCACAAACUGUUUUAAUACAACAGUUAAUUUUAACACUGGAGACAAUUCAAAUUAAAUUGGAAGUCGGUUUAGGUUCAGUAACAAAAUCUGUUGUUGCAAUUUGUUUAUCAAAUUUAAUAGCUGAUGUUAAAAAUUGGACAACAGAUGUAUGUGAUUAA